GCACUCCGCGCGACCACCAGUCAAUCUCUAGACCGCCCCGUGAGGCGAUCGAAACAUUUUACGCUCCGACAAAACCUUUCGUAAAUACGUUUUCGCGCAAUAUUCAACACUCGCAUCGAGGGAACAUUUCAAGACAUAAUCGUGCCUUACCUGUUUCAAAAUGGCUGAUACAGCGCAUACCAAAAUAGAAGAUAAUCCGAAGAUUCUAUCGGGGCCGGUUUUAACCAACUCCCCGAACGCAGUGCUGUCCAAAACGCUACUGAGUCGAUACAAUGAUCUUCCACUGCCGGCUGACAAGAUUCUCGCCACCUACAUUUGGAUCGACGGCUCUGGCGAACACCUGAGGUGCAAAGAUCGCACCUUGAAUUUCAUACCUAAAGCUCCCAAAGAUCUGCCUAUAUGGAACUUCGAUGGCAGCUCAACCAACCAAGCUGAUGGGCACAAUUCUGAUACCUACCUCGUACCUCGUGCUAUUUACAAGGAUCCAUUCCGUCGAGGAAAUCACAUCCUCGUUAUGUGUGAUACGUAUAAAUACAACAUGGAGCCAACAGAGAGCAACAAUCGCAUCAGUUGUCAAGAAGCUUACGACAAAUGCAAGGAUGAUGAGCCCUGGUUUGGGAUAGAACAGGAAUAUAUUUUACUGGAUUCAGAUCUGCGCCCCUUCGGGUGGCCCCCGGGUGGUUUCCCCCCACCGCAAGGGCCAUACUACUGCGGUGUCGGUGCCAACAAAGUCUUUGCCAGAGACCUUGUCGAAGCCCACUAUCGAUGCUGUCUUUAUGCUGGCGUACCGAUUGCCGGUACAAACGCUGAAGUGAUGCCUUCACAGUGGGAGUUCCAAGUCGGUCCCUCAAUUGGAGUGCAUGCUGGUGAUGACCUUUGGGUCGCUCGUUACAUUUUGCACAGACUAGCUGAAGAAUACGGUGUUAUUGUUACGUUUGAUCCUAAGCCCGUUCAAGAUUGGAAUGGAUCUGGCGCUCACACCAACUUCUCUACAAAGAAGAUGAGAAAUGAUAACGGUAUCAUUGAAAUCGAAAAAGCGAUUGAUAAACUCUCCAAAGUGCAUAUGAAGCACAUUAAGGUUUAUGAUCCUCGCGGUGGAAAAGAUAAUGAGAGAAGGCUGACUGGUCUUCAUGAAACUGCCAGUAUUAAUGACUUCAGUGCAGGCGUGGCUAAUCGUGGUAGCAGUAUCAGAAUACCUCGCUCUGUCGCUGAAGAUAAGAAGGGUUAUUUGGAAGAUCGUCGACCGGCUUCAAACUGUGACCCGUACUCUGUGAUCGAUGCGCUCAUGCGUACUUGUAUUCUUAAUGAAUAACACUGAAUAAAAUGAUGUAUAACUCACUGUUGCGCCACGUGUCACCUAAAAACUGCAACUCACCAUACGCGUAGGGUAAAUUGAUUCCUCUAAAAAGAGGAAUAAAUGGAACGGUACAAAAUGGAAUAUAAUAAACGAAGCCUUCAUAAGCACUGCACAAUAAUAGGUAUUUAGACAGACACGUGAUAUAUAAUGCGCUUAAUAAUGGACCAUUUAAAGAUAUUAAAACUAUAAUCGUAAUAAAUAUUUCUACGAAUAUUAUGUGAUAUUUAAAUUGUUACUUUCAUGUUAAAUAAUUUAAUCGAAUAAGUAAUCACAUAUCAUUAUUUGUAAUAAAUUCAUUUAAUACAAAUAAAAUUAAUACUAUUUACUAUUGUUUACUGGACGAUCGGGACGAUCAGAAAAGGUGACAUUGGAACAACUUACUAAUUCAUUAGUAUUUUAGGACCUAAUAAUAGACUAGUAUAUAAUCUAAACAUUAGAA